CAACACAGAGACCUAACAGGACAGGAGGAGGACAUGGUGUCACCGUCAAAAGUUGUACCGAGUAUUUUUACCACGGAUAACAGAAAGGAAACCUAAGUAUCAUCCUAACUACAAACGUCAGCGCGGACUGCAGCCAUGGACCCGUUCAAACAACAGAGAGUGGAGGAUUUCUACGAAAUCGGUGAAGAGUUGGGAAGUGGCCAGUUUGCCAUCGUGAAGCAAUGCAGAGAGAAAAGUACGGGUUUGCAAUUCGCUGCCAAGUUCAUCAAGAAGCGGCAGAGCAUUGCCAGUUCUCGAGGAGUACGGCGAGAGGAGAUAGAGCGGGAAGUGUACAUCCUGCAGCAGAUCCAGCACCCCAACAUUGUCACGCUACACGACGUCUAUGAGAACCGCACUGAUGUGGUGCUCAUCCUGGAGCUGGUCUCUGGAGGGGAGCUGUUUGAUUUCUUGGCGCAGAAGGAGUCUCUGAGCGAGGAGGAAGCCACUCAGUUCAUCAAGCAAAUCCUCGAGGGGGUAAACUACCUCCACGCCAGGAAAAUCGCCCACUUUGAUCUCAAGCCUGAAAACAUUAUGCUCCUGGACAAGAAUGUACCGCUUCCGAGAAUCAAACUGAUUGACUUUGGUCUGGCUCACAAGAUUGAAGCUGGGGUUGAGUUCAAAAACAUCUUUGGGACACCUGAGUUUGUUGCACCGGAGAUUGUCAACUAUGAGCCACUGGGAUUAGAAGCAGACAUGUGGAGCAUCGGGGUCAUCACCUACAUCCUGCUGAGCGGUGCCUCACCUUUCCUGGGGGAGACCAAACAGGACACACUGGGCAACAUUUCAGCCAUAAACUAUGAGUUUGAUGAAGAGUUCUUCUGUCAUACCAGCGAGCUGGCCAAGAAAUUCAUCAGCCAGUUGCUGGAGAAAGAUAAGAAGAAAAGAUUAACAAUUCAAGAUGCUCUCAAUCACCCGUGGAUCAAGUCCAAUGAGCACAAGGAGGAAAAUAAAGCCCAGGAGCCAAAGAAACGAGAGCGGCGCCAGCUGAAGACCAAGCGCCUGAGGGAGUACACUAUCAAAUCGCACUCGAGCAUGCCACCCAACAACACCUAUGUAAACUUUGAGCGCUUCGCCCAGGUGGUGGAGGACAUUGACCAGAUGGAGAGCUCGUUUGUUAGCCUGGCGGUAGCCCACGACUCUCUGCAGGAAGAUAUCGAUGCCAUGGUCUCUAUAUACAAUGAAAAGGAGGCCUGGUACAAGGAGGAGAGUGAAGGAGUGCGCCAUGACCUCUCACAAAUCCGCUAUGAGUUCCGUAAGGUGGAGGCCUUGAAGAGGAGCCUGCAGGAUGACAUGCAGGCCUUCAGCUGUGGUCUCAGUGCCAUCAGCAGCCGCUACCAGGAGAGACAGAACCACUUUGACGCACUGCGCCUUGAGCUUAGCAAUGAGCUGAAAUGGGUGCAGGAGGUGAUGGGCUCAUUUCCCAUGGAUGGAGGUGGUGGAGGGUACCCCAACUGCAACUUCUCCACUGUCUUCAAUAAUGACGUGAAUGAAGCCCUGAAAGAGCUGCUGAACCGUUCCUGUGGAGGAGAGCUGCUGUCUGGGAUCAACUUGGACUUUACUGAAACUGGACAGCAAAGAUAAAUGCCUACUGCACAGUUCUUUAAAGGUCCCAUAUUGUAUAAAGGUAGAUGUCCAUGUCUUUU